UUCGGUUCAAGAGAUUUCCUUGCCAGGAGGUCAAAAGAAGUGGUCCUGGGGUGCACUGCCGUCUCAGUUCCAAGGUUGCAUUUGUACCUGGGUAAUCUACAAAAGGGAGAAAUGACCCACUGCAGUGGGUUUGUCGCCAAACCUGCAUUAGUCCCCAGCUUUCUCAUGAUCCCGUGAGUCUGUUAUGGAACAGCUGCGGAGUGUCGUUGUAGGGGAAGACAUCGUCAACGCAGUGACGAACGUUCUGGUCUGGUUCCUAUUCAUCACCAAUAUCCUCAGCGUCUCCGCCCGCCUGGGCACCCGAUACUAUGUCUCGAAGGAGCUGGAGUGGGAUGACGGUCUCCAAGUUUUGGCUCAGGUGACUACACUCGGCCAAUGCAUCUGCAUUACGAUCGCUGCCGAACAUGGCUUCGGAAAGCCUACCGAUUCUCUGGCACAGGACGACCUGGAGAUUGUCGCCAAGUUUCUGUACGCCAGCCUACCACUGCUCAUCCUAACGCUCGCUCUCAUCAAAUGGUCGAUCUCCAUAUUCAUCACUCGACUUACCCCGGACGAGGCGCAUCUCAUGGUCGAUACCGCCCUGCGAAUACUGAACGGUUUAUGGUGGCUGUCUGCAACACUGAUAUCACUGUUCCAGUGCUCAGUACCGAGGGUGUGGGAUUGGGUCAAUCGUGACCAUUGUAUUGAUCAGAGAGCUUGGUGGACAUAUUUCGUGGUGAUGAACAUUGUGAUAGAAAUCGGAUACGUCGGCCUUCUCGUUUGGAUCAUCGGCAUGCUCCAUAUGUCAAGGCCUCAACGCGUCUUGAUACUGGUUGUUUUCGUGGCACGAAUCUUGGUCGUCGCGGCUGCAGUAGCACAAUUGAUCACGUACUGGCGCGCAUACGCCACCGCCGAUAUUAAUUCCAACAUCUGGCUGCCUACAAUUUUGAACCAAGUGGUGGUCACUACUAGUGUCAUCACGUCUUGUGUUCCAUUCCUCAAGCCCUUAAUGCUUAGUCUGGAGUCGGGCAUCGCACGCGUCCCGGACGAACCACAAGAACUGACGUUCAUGGGGAGUUCAAGAGGUAAAUAUUCCGAGCAGUCUGGACAGUCCGGAACGGGUCAUUCGGGAAGCAGGACCAGUGCGAGGCAGCCGAGCACGAGACAAUUAGAUCCAAGUUAUCCAUGAGCGAAGCAUAUGAAGUUACAAUACAGCUCUCUUAUUUGA